UUGUUCAAGCGAUUUUUCAUUGUUUGAUUUUUUGUUUUGAGGAUACUGUCGAGGCCCAUCGUCUUGUGGUCUGGUGAGCGAUCAUGUCGCUGUGGAAGGAUGUUCAGGACCUGGUUGGUGGCGAGCAGAAUGCCACCAUUCUGGCCGUUUCGAUCUCAGUAGGCUUAGUGUUCGUCACAACUCUUCUAAUAUGGCUGUGCCGUGGAUCAAGAGCGAGAGGGCGGAAUUUUCUCCUUAUUGGCUUGAAUGGUGCUGGAAAGACCCUUAUGUACUCUCAGCUGCGGUACCGGGAAGAGAAGCACACUGUCAUGUCAGUGGCGGAAAACAAGGGCAAGGUGCACAUCCGUGACAACAAAAUUGAAAAGGUGUUUGACAUUGUCGAUAUCCCAGGCCACGACUCGCUACGCAAGAUCCUGCUCGAGAAAUACUUGCCAACUGCAAGAGGAAUCGUGCUCGUCGUGGACAGCAGCAGCUUCUCCAAGGAUGUCCGCGACGUCGCCAAGCUUCUCUUCUCCGUACUCGCGACCUCGUCGGUGCGCAGGAACAGGGCGUCAAUUCUGAUUGCAUGCAACAAGCAAGAUAUACCCACAGCCAAGUCAGCUAAGCUUGUCGAGCAAAUGCUGGAGAAAGAAAUUGAUGCAUUGAGGACGACGCGUGCCGCGGCGCUAUCGGACACGGACGACACACGCUCCAGCGUCCAGGUGGGCAAGAGCGGCAAGGAGUUCUCGUUUGCCGAUGUCCAUCCCUUGUCCGUGCGCGUUGCCGAGUGCUGCGCCAAAGAUUUCGACGCACUCGACGACCGCGAGACAGACCUGAACAGAGUCAUAGACUGGCUACUGGCCAGUGCAGCAUAGAACCCCCAAAGACAUAGCCAGCAGUGCACACUCUAGCUGUUUGUUUUACAAUAUGAACUGCAACACUCGCCCAGGCAUCCAAGUCCAGUAUAUUAUCACACUGCGUUAACUCGUCUAUAUAUCCUCAAAUUUUACUCAUUGUCUGUGUGUGCGUGUAUUUGGACAAAUGGACCUGGGCCGUGUGUUCUAUUUCUGCUGGCCAACUCUUGCCAUGCUCUGGUCCGAAUAUACGACCAGCUCCUGUUGGUGAGAUUGAUUACAUUCGUUUUAUUUUUAUUUUUCCAAUCCCCGGCUUGUUGACCGUGCAUGGUUGGCAGCGGACCAACUGCAACUCGGAAUGCUCAUGUCUAAGUUUG